AUGACUAGACACACACUUCAAGGGGGACGCCCGCUCAAUGAGAAACAGUUGAAGACAAGCGUUGCUUCGUCACAUACACAUGUUAUCGACGACACCAUAACUGGCGCCGGCAUCAACACACUCUCUGAAGUCACACAGGCAACAAUCAACAAGACGUCCUUCCCCUUCAACACAAGGAAAAGGGUCCUGAAUUCACCCAACAAUUCACCCUAUAAGAAUGUGAUACAACAACCAAACCAACUACAUCAAUCACGCCAGCAGAACAACCAAUUGCUUCAUCAACUACAGCAGCAACAACAGCAACAACAGCAACAAGUACAGCUACAACAGCUACAACCACAGCUACAACAUCAACCAAUGGACCGCAAGGCGUCACUACGCCGAAGUACAGGAUUGCUAAAUUUAUCCAUCGAGGCAAGCCCCACAACCCAACGUGUAAUUAAUACAAGUUCUAAAAAUGACGAAAUGUUGAAAAGGUUUAACGAAUUGUCAUUUGAUGGCUCAUCAAUCAAUAAGAAGCAGCGAGCCAAAUAUUCAGGCGUCUUCGGCGCCACUCAAGGAACAAGUUCGAUCAAUUCAACAAUAGCUUCUUCAAAGAGAAGUUCUGACAUGCAAAAGAAACUGGAGAGAAAAUUGGAAAGGUAUAAGGAUAGACUAGCUUCUGCCACUCAUGCCUCUCUUAGGAAAAUAUCUCCAAUAAAAUCUCCCCUAAAUGAAAAGACUAACCUAGGAUUAACAAAUCCACCUCUGAAGAAGAAUCCUUUCAAUAAGCUAAUGCAGAAACGAAAUACCCAUUUGAACUUAGACUAUGACCUCGAUUUGGAUUUUAAAGGUGACGAACUUGUACAACGAGUUGCAGAGAAGAAUGUAAAGAGCUUUAAAGAAGGACAUGUGCAAGAAGACGACCAUGAAGGACAAGAGUUUCAAGAAGACGGUGAUGUUCUAGACGAUGAUGUAGCUUACGAAGAUGUGUCACCUUCUAAACAUGCUUUCAACAAACCGCACAGAUUCCAGCAUCGGCCUUUUACCACAGGGUCUGUGUCAUCACCUUUAUCUUUAAACCAUUCGAGCAAUACACCAUUGGCAACUUCAUUAACAGCAACUCCUUCAUCGUUUAAAUCCAUCAAACCACUACAAACCGCCUUCACGUCAUCUGGAUUACAGAGCAAACUUGGCUCUCGGCGAAGCAAAAAUUCAAUGCCUGAUACUCCGUGUAAGAAACCGCCUCAGCAUGUCCAUUUAGAUAGCAGCAUUAAUAGUAAUAAUACGAAUAGCAGAUCAAACAUAUCAAAAUCAGCUCCUGCACUAUCAAACAACACCAAUAACUAUAGUAUGAAUUCCUCCUUCAAUUCAAUGGUCAAUGACUCAAGUUAUCUGAAAAAUCAAACAAAUUAUACUGAAAACACCUCAUUGUAUAACACAAAAUCUGUGUUCCACAACAAUAGUAAUUUUAGCAACGUUAAUAGUAAUGAAAAUGCUAUAAAUACAGGUGAAUUACAGCAAUGUUUGAUCAAAUUCUCCAAUGAAUUUGAUGAUUUCUCUAAUAUGUCAAUAUUCACCUCCAAAAGCAAACCUCAUUACAGCCGAGAUGAUAACUUGGUCGAAUCAUGGGACGAACAAGAGAAGUUCCCAAUCACGCCAAAUUACAAAACCAAUGAUCUGAACAUUUCAAGUCUACAAAGUGUGAAACAUAACUCCAAUUUAAACACACCUGAAAGCUUUAAUAGCGCCAUUAGUAUUGAAAGCGGUAACAGCUUUAAAGUAGACACACCAACUAGGAAUUUCAAGAAAAACCAACCCUCUAAAAUCUCUAAUACAUCUUCAACGAGCUACUGGCAACGCGCAGGCUCAAGAAAUCAAUCUGAACAAUCCAUAAUUGCCGAUAGUAACUUGAGACCGGUGUUUGCACCACCUAGGUUGCCUGAAAAUCUAAAUUUGCAGGAACCAAUGAGUAAUAACGAAGUCUCUAUAUCUUCACAAUUUAAAAAUAUAUCACCUCACACACCUAUUGAGUUUGGAUUUCACAGAGGUCGGAUAGACCCAUCGAUAACUUCAACCCCAGCAAUUUCCAAUAAAACGGACAACAGUAAGUCUACAUUGUCAAUGGAUUUAGAUAGUACAGAUACAAUAACUAAUCCAACAACGAAACAGUCUGAGCUAGAUUACCAUUUAGUUUCAAAGUUUGGGGAGUGUUCCUUAUUAGGGGAAGGUGAAUUUUCAGUUGUGUAUUCUGUUCACUUUGAAGGAGUCAAAUAUGCUGUCAAACGUACAAAGAAUAAAAUUGCUGGACCAAAAUCCAGAUUGAGGAAAUUAGAAGAAGUUGAACUGUUGAAAAGCUUAAGAAGGAGAGGUGAAUUUCAAGACGAUACCGGCAUGCUUGAUUAUAGUUCAAAUGGUUCAUCGUUGAAAAAUAGCCAAGACAAUGACAAUAUCGCUACCGGAGAAUAUGAAAUCAAUCACAAUGAUGGUAGAGAUUACGUAUUAACACUUAUAUCUGCCUGGGAAUAUCAAAGUCAUUUAUAUAUAAUGACCGAUUAUUGUGAGAAUGGUACAUUGGAUGAGUUUCUAAUAAAACAGUGCGAGAAUUCAAGAACCCGAUUGGACGAGUGGAGAGUUUGGAAGAUACUAGUUGAGAUUUUGCAAGGUCUAAAGUGGAUUCAUUCCAAGAAUAUACUACACCUUGAUUUGAAGCCUGCUAAUAUCUUUAUUACUUUUGAAGGUAUGCUCAAAAUCGGCGAUUUUGGCGUGGGUACAAAGUUACCGGUUUCGUCAUUCUUUGAUCGUGAGGGUGAUCGUGAAUAUAUUGCACCUGAAAUUAUAUCCAAGCAUGAGUAUAGCUUUGCAGCUGAUAUCUUCAGCGUUGGUUUGAUCAUGGUCGAAGUUGCAGCUAAUGUCAUUUUGCCCGAUAAUGGUACACCAUGGAGAAAAUUGAGAUCUGGCGAUUUGACAGAUGCUGGUAGAUUAAGCUCAAGCGAUCUCUCAGAGUGUAUCAAUUUAAACAAUAUGAAGAAAACAUUGAGUGACAGUCUAUUCAGUGGCAAUGAAGUUGGCAUUGAAAGUAACAUAACUGUAAACUCUAUGGACUCAUGUUUCCCACCUUCUGACAAAAAGCUUCCAGUAUCACAAAAAUUGAACCACAUUGACAACAUGGUAGGAUUUGAUAAGAAGAUCGAAUUCUGGACACCAGAAUGGUUUUACAAUGGGUCCUCUACCCUGGAUAAGCUUGUGACGUGGUUGAUCAAUCCAACUCCCCAGGAAAGACCUAGUUGCGAGGACGUCCUACGCAGCUAUGAAUGCGGCUUAGUUGAAAUGAGAUGCAAAAGUGGUGCAACCAUUUACGAGGGAGACUAUGGGCCUCCGGUGAGUCGAGGCGAGAUGGAGCUGGAGAGACAAGAGCUACAGAGAAGAGGUGCCUUUCAUCUAAGCGAUGUUCUCAAAUGA